AUGGAGGAACGUGGGUCUCCUGAUGGAGACCCAGCGCGGAGCCUGGAGCAGGGCCCAGAAGGACCGGAAACCCCCAUUCAAGUGGUGCUCAGGGUGCGUCCCAUGAGCACAGCAGAGUUGCACAGAGGGGACCAGAGUGCUCUACACUGUUCAGGGACCCGGACUCUGCAGGUGAGCCCCCCAGGUGGGGGCCCCGACAUGGCAUUCCGCUUCGGUGCGGUACUGGAUGGGGCGUGCACGCAGGAGGAUGUGUUCAGAGCAUGCGGGGUGAAGCGCCUGGGCGAGCUGGCGCUGCAUGGUUUCUCCUGCACGGUCUUCACUUUUGGCCAGACAGGAUCGGGCAAGACUUACACUCUGACAGGACCCCCUCCGCAGGGGGAAGGGGUGCCCGUGCCCCCCAGCCUGACUGGCAUUAUGCAGAGGACCUUUGCCUGGCUCUUAGAUCGUGUACAUCACCUGGGUUUCCCUGUCACCCUCCGAGCUUCCUAUCUGGAGAUCUACAAUGAGCAGGUUCGGGACUUGCUGAGCCUGGGGUCUCCGCGGCCUCUGCCUGUUAGGUGGAGCAAGGCUCGAGGCUUCUAUGUGGAGCAGCUUCGGGUGGUGGAGUUUGGCAGUCUGGAAGCCCUGAUGGAGCUCCUGCAGAUGGGUCUCAGCCGCCGUCAGAGCUCCUCACAUACCCUGAACCAGGCCUCCAGCAGAAGCCAUGCUCUGCUCACGCUCUAUGUCAGCCGCCCAACUCCUCAGCAGGUACCCCCCGUGGACCCUGGAAAACCUCCUGUUGGGGGCAAGCUGUGCUUCGUAGACCUGGCAGGCAGUGAGAAGGUGGCAGCGACAGGCUCCCGAGGGCAGCUGAUGCUUGAGGCCAAUAGUAUUAACCGCAGUCUGUUGGCACUGGGCCACUGCAUCUCCCUGCUGUUGGACCCACAGAGGAAGCAGAGCCACAUUCCCUUCCGAGAUAGCAAGCUCACCAAGUUGCUGGCAGACUCACUUGGGGGCCGUGGGGUCACCCUCAUGGUUGCCUGCGUGUCUCCGUCAGCCCAGUGCCUUCCUGAGACUCUCAGCACCCUGCGAUAUGCAAGUCGAGCUCAGAGGGUCACCACCCGGCCACAGGGUCCCAAGUCCCCUGGAGCAAAACCCCCCCAGCAAGGAGCGGCUGAGCUUCUGCAUCUCCAAGAGGAGAAUCAUCACUUACAGUCCCAGCUGGAUCAAAUGCGGACUAAGGCACCAGGGAUCCAUGGGGCCCGGGUGGCCUGGGCCCAGAGGAACCUCUAUGGCAUGCUGCAGGAGUUCAUGCUGGAGAAUGAGAGGCUUAGGAAGGAGAUGAGACAGCUGCGGAGCAGUCGGGACCUGGCCUGGGCAGAGCAGCGUGUCCUGGCCCAGCAGGUCCAUGAACUGGAGAGGCACCUCCAUUCUGCACCUGCCCUUCCCCAGCAGGGCUCUGCCCCCAUGUGCCCCUGCUCCAUGUGUCCAGCUGCCUCCUGCCGUGCACGGCCACCCUUCUGCCCCUGCUUUCACCUCUGUCCUCUGUGCCGAGUAUCCCUGGCCCACUGGGCCUGCCCACGGAGGGAGUGCCUUGUGCCACAGCAGGAGCUAGGGCCUGAGGCCCCAGGUUACAUAUCUCUUUCUGCACGGCCGCCACCCUCAGCACCUCCACCAAGCCCCGGCUCUUCCAAGCCCCCACGAGAGAGGAGCCAUAGUGACUGGACACAGACACAAGUCCUGGCAGAGAUGCUGAUAGGGGAGGAGGUGGUACCCUCUGCACCACCCAUGCCCACUGGGUCCUCGAACAUGUCACCCAUGAUAAGAGGAGAAUCUGGGAUCCCGAACCUGACUCAGAAGCUGGACACUGUCACACACCAGAUUAGCAACUCCCUGAACCUCGGCCAGAGUCAGUCACAGCCCAGCGACAGCAUGCAGGGCCCUAGCCAGGGCCUCUCUCCUCCUUGAAGACUGCCAGACUGGCUCUG